GCGCUGCCUGGGCCGCCCUUUGCCCCAGGGCCGAGUCGUGCCCGGGGUGCUCGUUCUGCCGCCCUGAGCCUUUGUCGCUGCUUGUGUGUGGGAAGAGAUGGGCGGAGAGUGGACUCGGCGCAGCUCCUGACAGAACUACAACUCCCGGCGUGCAUUGCGCCCCCCCAAAAAUUAAUGGGGGGGUAGGGGGAAAAUGGCGGCUGCUAAAGCGAGUCGGAGCGGUGGCUGAGCUUAUUUUGUUUUUGCAAAAUUGAAGACUGAUCCCUGAUUAACAAUGCCUGGCAAGAUCGCUUUGCAACUGGUUUUCCUCUCAGUCGAUUAACCUUCACGUGCAGCAUUGUUUGCUAUUGAUUUCUCAAUCAUGGGACGAAAGGGAGUUUGCUGUUGCUGUGCUGCUUUGCGACCUCGCUACAAGCGUCUGGUAGACAACAUAUUUCCUGAAGAUCCAAAAGAUGGGCUUGUUAAAGCUGAUAUGGAGAAGCUGACUUUCUAUGCGGUUUCUGCACCAGAAAAGCUGGAUCGAAUUGGUGCUUACCUGGCAGAGAGACUGAGCAGAGAUGUCGUCAGACAUCGCUAUGGGUAUGUUUUGAUUGCCAUGGAGGCAUUGGACCAGCUUCUAAUGGCUUGCCAUUCUCAAAGCAUAAAACCGUUUGUGGAAAGUUUCCUUCACAUGGUGGCCAAGCUUCUGGAAUCAGGCGAACCAAAGCUGCAAGUUCUUGGAACUAAUUCUUUUGUCAAAUUUGCCAACAUUGAGGAAGACACACCUUCGUAUCACAGACGCUAUGACUUCUUUGUGUCUCGAUUCAGUGCCAUGUGUCAUUCGUGUGACCACGAUCCAGAAAUACAAAAUGAGAUCCGAAUUGCUGGAAUCAGGGGCAUCCAGGGAGUGGUUCGAAAAACAGUUAAUGAUGAGCUUCGAGCAACCAUAUGGGAACCUCAGCACAUGGACAAGAUAGUACCAUCGCUGCUGUUUAACAUGCACAAAAUAGAAGAUAUUGACAGCAGAAUAGGCCCUCCAUCCUCUCCUACAGGAGGAGAGAAAGAGGAGAAUCCUGCUCUGCUGGCUGAGAAUUGUUUCAGAGAACUACUAGGACGAGCAACCUAUGGAAAUAUGAACAAUGCAGUCAGACCAGUUUUCGCGCAUUUAGACCAUCAUAGACUAUGGGAUCCCAAUGAAUUUGCUGUUUCCUGCUUCAAAAUAAUCAUGUAUUCUAUACAGGCACAGUAUUCCCAUCAUGUAAUACAAGAAAUUCUUGGACACCUUGAUGUUCGCAAAAGGGACUCACCACGAGUUCGUGCUGGGAUUAUUCAGGUUCUUUUGGAAGCAGUUGCAAUAGCAGCUAAAGGAUCAAUAGGCCCAACAGUUCUGGAGGUUUUUAAUACCUUGUUGAAGCACUUGCGCAUCAGUGUUGACUUUGAGCUGGGUGACAGACGCAGUUCAGCAGGAAGUGCUUCUUUCAGCACAAGCUCCAAGGAAAGUGAUGAGAGGAUUGUCCAGAAUGCUAUUAUUCAAACAAUUGGAUUUUUUGGAAGCAAUCUGCCAGAUUACCAGAGGUCAGAGAUUAUGAUGUUCAUUAUGGGAAAAGUACCUGUUUUCGGGACUUCACAGUCACUGGAUACCAGUCAUCUUGGAGAUUUGGGAACUAGGAGGAUUCAAAUCAUGUUACUGCGAUCUUUACUUAUGGUGACUUCGGGAUACAAAGCAACAACGAUCACGAACGCGCUUCCUCCCCCAUUUCUGGACCCGCUGUUGUCUCCUUCCCUCAUGGAAGACUCGGAGCUCCGGCAGCUGGUGUUGGAAAUCCUGCAUAAUCUGAUUGAUCGGCACGACAACAGAGCAAAGCUCCGAGGGAUACGAAUAAUACCAGAUGUUUCCGAUCUAAAGAUAAAACGAGACAAAAUUUCAAGGCAAGACGUGAGCUUCAUGAAAAAGCAUGGUCAGCAGUUGUACAGACACAUCUACUUGGGCUGUAAAGAAGAAGACAAUGUCCAAAAAAACUUUGAACUGCUGUUCACAUCUCUGGCUCUGAUCACAAUUGAAUUAGCCAAUGAAGAAGUGGUUAUUGACCUCAUUCGAUUAGCUAUUGCUUUGCAGGACCUUGCCAUCAUCAACGAGGAUAAUCUGCCCAUGUUUAAUCGUUGUGGUGUCAUGGCAUUGGUUGCAGCAUAUCUGAACUUUCUGAGUCAGAUGAUUGCAGUUCCUGCCUUUUGUCAGCAUGUCAGCAAGGUGAUUGAAACUCGAAGUUUGGAAGCAUCUUAUUUUCUGCCAGAAACAAUUUUCAAAGACAAAUGCAAUCUUCCAAAAUCCUUAGAGAAGCAUGAAAAAAAUUUGUUUUUCCUGACAAACAAGAUUGCAGAAUCAUUAGGAGGCAGUGGAUACAGUGUGGAAAGAUUGUCAGUUCCAUAUGUACCCCAGGUAACAGACGAGGACAGACUCUCCAGGAGGAAGAGCAUUGUGGACACGGUAUCUAUUCAGGUGGAUAUUCUGCCUGGCAACAACACAGAGGAUAAGGUUGAUAAUACUGAAGAAAUCACCUUUGAAGCUUUGAAGAAAGCAAUUGAUAACAAUGGACUUGAAGAACAGGAAAAAGAAAAAAGGCGCCUUGUGAUUGAAAAGUUCCAAAAAGCUCCAUUUGAAGAAAUCGCAGCACAAUGUGAAACCAAAGCAAACUUGCUUCAUGAUAGACUCGCGCAGAUACUGGAACUCACCAUUCGUCCUCCGCCUAGCCCCUCAGGAACGAUGACCAUUACUGCUGGACAUGCUCAUUACCAAUCUGUUCCAGUCUAUGAGAUGAAGUUUCCAGAUCUUUUUUAACAGUGCAAUCACAGCUGUUAGUGGAUGACGAAACAGCCCCUUAUCUACAGCAUUCCGUUGUGAUUUUUACUGCUGCAGCGUAUCAGCCUGAUCAGACCACAGCCUACACAUAAAAUAGGACUCUAGCUUUUAGUUUUCACUUUUUGGGUUUUGUUUUUUUAAGGUAAGACAUAAUAGUUUUGUGGCCUAUCUAGAAAGUGUAAUUUUUUAAUCAGUAAAUCUUACCUAGGGGUACAAUGUGAAACACUUAUCCACUCUGUCAUUUUUUUAAGAUUAUCACUGUGCACUUUUGUACAAAAAGAAAAUAAGUAUGUAAGAGAAAUGAGAAUGUAUUUUCGCUUGCACUCUUGCAGUAUGGAGACCUUGCUGUAAAUACAGGAUUAUUUCUGUUUAGAAUCUGUUGCAUGAAUGCUGCAUGAGAAAAUAACUAGAUUCAGCGUUUCAUUUUCUCUUCUGUUUAUGAAGUAUUUUUCUUUUAUGCUAAUGGUGGGUUUCCAUGUUUUCACUGUUCAAAUGAGCUUUGUUUGGGAAAUGCAGGUGUUGUGCAGGUGUUGUGCUGGGAAUGAAGAGCUUGAAACACUCCGUGUGUUCACAUGGUAUUUCAUUUCUUCCUUUCUGGAAAUUCAGGGACUCUGUAAGUUGAUGAUGGGUUCACUCCGGCCUUUCUUGACAGCUGGGAGAUGGGAGUGAGUGUAAAAUGGAUUGUUUUGGUAACUAUUAUAAUAUGUAGCUGAUGAAUGAAACCAAAUGAGUUAAGAAUGCUGUUGUACAGUAUAAAGCUGCUUCGUUUCACUUACCUCUUCAUGUUCUUGUGACAAGUUGCAGAACUUAAAAGCUCCAUGUGCAUACUGGCCUUGUGUUAUCUGCAACACACUGGGCACUGUCACAAUGGUUAAAAAUUGAUAUCCAGCUCUUUAAGUGUGUUCUAGCAUUUACUUUGGAUUUUCUUUCCCAUUAUGUCAUUUUGAAAAAUUACGGCUUUUGGUAGUGGGUCACUUUGAAGUCAAUUAAAUCCUUGUUAAUUUUGAAAGGUAGGAACAGCCUGUUUUCCAAAAUCAGUGGGGCUGAUUUGUCUGUUGUUCUGAUGGUCAUAUAUUCUGUACUGUACGUAAUGAACCAGUUUCAAUAAAUGUAAGAAUACACUGUGCAAUUGAUAUUUAAGCAAUAAAAUAAAUCAAAAUUUAAAGUA